AUGCUGUUGAGGACACACUGCUGUGCAGAGCCAUACGUAAUUGCAGCAAAUAGACAACUCAGUGAAAGGCAUCCAAUCUAUAGACUUUUACGUCUCCAUUUCCGAUUCACAAUGGAAAUCAAUGCUUUUGCUCGACAAGGACUUAUCAAUGCAGGGGGAACCAUGGAAAGCACUUUUUCUCCUGGCAAAUACUCCUUGGAGUUAAGCUCUGUUAUUUAUGACAAGCUCUGGCGUCUUGAUGAAGAAGCUUUACCAGCUGACUUGAUUAAAAGGGGAAUGGCAGUCGAAGAUCAAUCAGCAGAGCAUAGUCUGAAGCUAGCUAUCAAAGACUACCUGUUAUGGAUCAUAGAAAGUAAAUAUGUUAAUAUAGGGAGUAAAUAUUGAUAAAUAGAUCAGUUGCUUAACUUUAGAAUUGUAUAAUCAUAAACUUAAUUUUCCUUUCCGUUUAGAUACCGCCUCUCAUAUAUAAAUAGAUUGUAAUCUCUGUUGUGAAA